AUGGUCCUCCUCAGCAGCUUUAGAAUUCUUCUCUGGGGACUGGUGCUUUUCACAGAACACAGAGUCCACAUGGGAACGGUAGGGGAGCACUCUACUGCCCCCCUGGCUGAAGUCCCUACCGUGCCCCUGAUUCAGGAGCUGCUAAAAGAAGCCCCUAACAAGCCACAGAGGAAGCCACAGGUCCUAGAGCACCCCAUGCGGUACAUGCUGGAGUUGUACCAGCGCUCAGCUGAUGCGCAUGGGCACCCGAGGGAGAACCGCACCAUUGGGGCAACCAUGGUGAGGCUGGUGAGGCCCUUGGCCAAUGUAGCAAAGCCCCUCAAAGGCUCUCGGCACAUACAGACCCUGGACUUUCCCUUGAGGCCAAACCAGGUAGCCUACCAACUAGUCAGAGCCACUGUGGUUUACCGCCAUCAACUCCAACUAGCUGGCUUCCAGCUCUCCUGCCAUGUGGAACCCUGGGUCCAGAAAAGCCCAACCAACUGUUCUCCUUCCUCGGGAAGAGGUUCCUCAAAACCUUCCCUACUAUCUGAAGCUUGGACAGAGAUGGAUGUCACUCAACACGUUCAGCAAAGACUCUGGAAUCACAAGAGGCACCGGAUCCUACGACUGUGCUUCAUGUGUCAGCAUCAAAAAGGUAGUGCGGGUCAGGAGCUCCUGUGCCAUGGCACUUCAUCCUUGGACACUGCCUUCUUGUUACUCUAUUUCAAUGACACUCAUAAAAGUGUUCAGAAGGCCAAACUUCUACCCGGAGGCCUGGAGGAAUUUAUGGAAAGGGACUCUUCUCUUCUCUUGCGUAGGGCACGGCAAGCAGGCAGUAUUGCAUCUAAGAUUCCUGGCCCCUCCCAGGAACAUGAUAGGCCUGAGAGUAACCAGUGUUCCCUCCACCAUUUCCAAGUCAGUUUCCACCAGCUGGGCUGGGAUCACUGGAUCAUUGCUCCCAAUCUCUAUACCCCAAACUACUGUAAGGGUGCCUGUCCUCGGGUACUACACUAUGGUCUCAAUUCUCCUAAUCACGCCAUCAUCCAGAACCUUGUCAAUGAGCUGGUGAACCAGAGUGUCCCUCGGCCCUCGUGUGUCCCUUAUAAGUAUGUUCCCAUUAGCAUCCUUAUGGUUGAAGCUAAUGGGAGUAUCUUGUACAAGGAGUAUGAGGAUAUGAUUGCUCAGGCCUGCACAUGCAGGUGA